CGGUCCACGCGCGCGAUAAAAAACGCGCUAAAUCACCACGGCUCCACCACUCAACCUUCAACUUGACUAUGCCGAAUAAAAAGAGCUGCUUAAUAGUUUUGUUUCCAGUUCGCAAAAUUCUUUACGAUGGCCACUUUCAAAGAAAAAGCGUUGACCAAUUUUGUACGUUCCGUUGCAAUAGCUGUAGAAAAUUUAUGCCUCACUCUGUCGGAUGAGUUCGAUCAAAUGCAUGAGCUUUCGCGUACCUUGCAUCAUUUGAUGCAAGAACAACACGAUUCACGCUCGAAACGAAAGAGGAUGAAAUACGCACCAUCGUUCUCAAAUGAUGAAGGUGAACAACGACCUACACGAGUGGCUCGUCGUGCCACUGCAAUGCGUGCAACCGCCGUAAUGACGAGUGUGGACCCAGACACCGCCGUAACGAUGAAUGCGGACACGAUGAAUGUGGAUACUGAGACCGCAACAUUAGAAGUUGAGACAUCUGACAAAUGUGUGGGGUUAGAUGAACCGAUAUCCGUAGUGAGCACUACCGAAGUAUGCGUGGGCACCGAGGAGGAGCCCAUCUCUAUGGUGAACAUUACCGAAGUAUGCGUGGGCAUCGAGGAGGAACCCAUAUCCGUGGUGAACACUGAAGCAGGUGUGGGUAUCGAGGAGGAGCCUAUCUCCGUGGUGAACAAUGAAGCAGAUGUGGGUACCGAGGAGGAGCCGUACGCAACUAUCACCGUAGUAAACACCGAACUAUCCACAUCGAACUGUCCACCGCAACAAUCAUGUACGAGUAUUGAACAAUCAACUGCAACUGAGGUCGUCUCGGAUACUGCUGUCGGUGUGGUGGAUCAGGGGUACACGACGACAUCGGCAACAUUCGCGCAGCUACCACAGCAGCAGCAGCAGCCGUUACAGCAGCAACAGCAACCGUUACAGCAGCAGCAGCAGCCGUUACAGCAGCAGCAGCAGCCUAUCGUGCUGUCGCAAAAGAACAACGCAUCGUUAUUGUACAUAGACGAGCAAGCGUCAUUUCCGUGGAUUGACGACACAUCCUCGUCGUCUACAAGUCAGUCGCUUUUCGCCAAAUGUUUGACUCUACGUGAGUUUCAACGCGUUACAUUGAUAUCGAUCACCCCGUACAUGAUGAAAUCUAAAGUCAUUAUCACGGAAAAAGAUAAGUACUUGGUUAUGCAAAAGAUUCAAGAACUGACUAUUAACUGCCACAAUAACGUCGUUAAGGUUCAAAACCGGGGUCGACUUGCAUCAAAGAUAAAAUCGAUAUUAGACAAACUCAAAUAUAUCAUAGCUCAGCCCGAGUACACCACUUUGAAAUUUAUCGCGUGUUUAUUCAUGAAUAUUAAUAAGGAGUUUGCGUUUCUCGAGUUUCAAGGUUCGGAUCAAGCACAAAGUAAAUUACAAGAGUUCUUAUGCGACAAAUUGAACUGCCAGUCAAAGUCGUGGAAAAGUUUACAUUCUACACAUGAAACGGUUGAAAAAAUUAUCCAUCGCCGAUCGAUCAACGACGUAAUAGUGAAACAUUACUACUCUAACAACAAAUUUAUUUAUUAUCACAUACCAACGACAUUUCAGGCGAUCGUACAAUGUGACUCUAUGAAAAGACGUUCAUCGGGCUGGCAAUACAACGUCAGUGUAUUGCUGAACAAUAAACACAAAGAUGUGGGUAGAGUACCGAAAACGGACAAUUUGAAUAAUUCGCAUAAAAUGUGUUCCGAAUCGCAUAAAGUUACAUUCAAGGAACCGUUCUUACUGCGUAUAGAAUAUCGCGAUUUCGACGGGUAUCGGUUCACGGGGUCGCGAUCUUUGGGUGCUGCAGCUGCGAAUAAGAGCAUUAGCCAUUACAAAGACUUGUUGCCCGACAAGAUGUACCAAUAAAAAAAAUGAUAAAAAUGUA